AUGGACUUCGAACAUUUUCUUGGUCUCUGCGGCCGAUCUCUGUUUUCGGAGGAGUAUAGAGGAGAUUUGGAUGCUGCGUGGGAGUAUUUACAACAAGGGGGGUCCGAUGCGCUUGACCAAAACAAUGAUCCCAACAACAAUGCGGAGUAUUUACGAUGCGUAUCCAUAUUCUCAGUCUUGACAGGAAACCUGGCAGAGGCCUUUAGACAUUUGGAAUCACUUCAUGAGCUCCUUCCACGAUUACCGCAAGAAUGGGGGGUUCGCUACACAAAUUACAAGUUACUGGCGGACUAUACUCGCCGCUUCCCCCCAGCCUUGCGAUUCUACCACGAACGAGGAAAACCACUCAACCUCAUGAUGCUAAGCGACAUAAUUGGUCCCAAUGAAAUGGACCAGAAUACCAUGGCAAAUAUACACAAAUACUGGUCUGUUGGAACCCUUCGUGACCGAGCGUUAUUGCAGGUUUUACGCGCCGUACAGUGGCAUCCAACGAAAGCUCGCUACAUGUCCGCCCACUAUCAUCCUCUUUCUCCUGGCGGCACAAAUUACAAGCCUGACACUGCCCCAGGGCCCAUGAUUACCGAGGCUUCACAGCAUAUGGUCAGGUGUCGUGAUAUAGCUGAAGCCAAUGGCGCCCAGGUAAUCGCGGUACACUUGACGCGUCUACUCGCCGAGCUUCACAUUACAUCUCAAAGUCCUGAAACAGUUCAAGUCCUGCAGGAUUUAUACAAACGAUGCGAGAAGCUCAACGAUUAUGCGGGGAUGGCAAAUAGCAAGCUAAUGGAAGGAGAUAACAUCCUUUGCCCUCCGUUUGCGAGUCCUCUUUCUCUCAACCUGGUCAUUGUAGAUACUGGGUCGAGUAUUGGAGAUGACUCUAUUUGGGAUCCCAUUGAGUUUGAUCUUAAAUUUGAUUACACAGCUGAAUCUAUGCAAUGUUACGAGUCAGCCCUCGAGCUUUUUCAAAAAGGUAAUUGCAAACGAGGUCAGGCGGCCGUGUUACUUCGGCAAGGAUGUUGCUUGCAUAAUGUGGCACGCCUUCAUCGAUCUACAAAUAAACAGUAUCUUGACGCGCUGGGAGAAUCAGAAACAAAGCUACAAGAGGCUCUCGAACUAUUUGGGCGGGAUGAAGCAAAUACGCAAAUUGUCAAAACUCAUCAGAUCUUAGUGAGCAUUGCCAAAGGAAACCUUAACCGUGUGAAGACGGCUGCAAGAGAGAUCGGGAAUUGGUGCGUCUCCGCGAAGAACGAGCUACUGGCUCACUUUCUUGGUCUUCUCCUAUCACGGUUCGCGCACCAAGAAUGGCUCAUGUUCUCGAACAUGGACACCGCAUUGGCCGCCUGGGAAUGCGCCUACGAAGUGUUGGACUCGGUGGAGGAUAUGAUCCCGCUGUUUCAAUCGGUGGUAUCCCGUGCAGCAGUCCAACACGAGAUGUUCAAUUCAUUAGCUGCUGGAAUUCUGAUCGAGGAAGCACUUGGCAUGUUCGAUCGACUCCGUAAUUAUCUCAAUACCCGUAUCCAGUCUGCACCGGACACGCCGCUGGGACAAGCAGACAAGAUAUGCCUGACAACGACUAAAUGCACUUUGCUUUGGACUUUUGGCCGACAUGUCAGCAGAAUAUACAUGCGCGCAGAAGACCUGAACAAAUUCAACGAGUGGCAGGUCAAACAAGCACAUGUUUUCGAAACUGAUGAUAGUUUCCGCGAAUAUCAAGAACGAUUGCAACAGAGUGCAAACCUCACGGCUGUUUUCAAGCCUGGUAUCUCAUUUCCAGCAAACAAGGCAAAAGAUCUUUGGCGCAAAACAUUAGCUGAUGAAGCAGUAAAUGUGAGAUUUGCAUCUGCGGAAAUUGGUUACCGUCGCCUUUUGGAAGACGGUGAUGUUCUAGAGGCAGAAGAGACAUUCCGUCGUUUUGUGAACGAUGCAGAACAGUUAGAGCAAGUCUAUACAAAAGACCUCUACCGCAUCCUGGCCUGUGAGCGAAUUGGAGAUCAGAGGAAGGCUCGGGAAAUACUGGACUCUAUCACGGACAAUGAGCUAUUCAAUGGGACCCUUGACGAUUAUCAACAAGGGAUCGCCGUUCGAACUUCCUUUCCGACAGUGGCACAGAAUGCAUUGAUCUUUACAUUGUUCGGAGGAGAUCUGGACAGGGGCCGGCGGUUGAUCGAUAUAAUAACCAAAAUAAGCCCAACUUUCUUCACUUCUAUUGUCGAUAAUGCUCUUGAUUUUUCUGUACGGCUUGGUCAUUACGGGGCAAUUAUGAAAGAUCUGCAUCCGGAGCUGUGCUUCUCCAAGCUUCUUCAUGCCCGCCAAAUCAUUGAACUUCGUCGGAAACAAACAAACGAUCAGGAUGCCCGUGUCGGGAGCUCCCCGACAGGAUGGAGCCGCGAAGUUUACCUCAACCUCGCACGUCUUUGUCAUACCUGCCAGGAAUCGGCCAUUCCUAUGCAUUUACUUUCUGACUACGACCACGGCCACUUUGAUGGAAUGUCUUGGGCAGAACAUGCAUUGCUUUUCGUUGAGAUGAGUCGAGCGCGGGCGGUUCUUGAGUCUUUGCAAACACAGGCCUCUCAGGCUUCGGGUUUAUCGGGCGCUCCUAAAACAGCUCAUCUGUCCGAAGCUGUUCACAAAAGACGCCUACUUAGAACACUACUUUCACUACAGUCGUUGACUGCGGAACAAGAAAGGGAGGUUGCGCAACUGCAAGGGGAUAUCAAGAUAUUGGAAGAGGAUGGAGCCUUGUCUUCCGCAACGACUUUCAUUGAGACAGUUAACUCCACCAUCGACCCAAAGCGUUUGUAUCAGAGCAUUGAUGAUAAUGCCGUGGUGAUAGAGGCUGCCUUUGGAUCGAGUGGAGUGGUUUCCUUCGCGGUGACCCGGGAGGGUAUCCAGAAUAUACACCAAGCACCAACACGCAAUGUGGACAUACGAAGACCUGUGAUGAGAGCGAUGAAGAUCAUGAGAGAAAUGACUGGGUAUGCUGGAGAAGAAGAAGAGAAUCACAAAAUAAUGCUCAAUGGACUGAGCAAAGAAAUUUCUGAUAUUUUGCUUGUUCCCUUUGCGAGCAUCAUCAGAGCCAAGUCGCAUAUCAUCUUCUCCAUCUCUGAUCCUUUGACUGCAUUUCCCUUCUCAAUUCUUCCGUUUGAUAACCAGCCCCUCAUUAUGCAUGCUGCUGUUUCUCAAGUCCCCAGCUUGACGGUGCUCUAUUAUCUUUCGCAGCGCAAGUCCCCAUCAAAGCUGCCGACAGUAUCUGUGUUGGCCAAGUCACCGACGGAGGCACCAUAUAGUGCCACAAGAGGAGAUACUGAAGUCAAUCUACAUAUGGCAGCGAUUGAAGCCGUUAAUAUUGCCCGCCUGUUUGCGACAUGGCCUAUUGAAGCGUCCGAGAUCACCAGAAAGGAGUUUCGGCAGUAUGUAGAAGGAGAAUCAUUGAUUAUGCACAUCGGGACACAUGGCGAUAUCAAUUACCGCAAUCCUCUUCUUUCAUCGAUUUCGAUUGGUCAAGGCCAGGAUUUCCGGGUCGUGGACAUGUCUACUAUCCGCAGUAACGUCAAUCUCUUGGUUUUUGCCGCUUGUCUGAGUGGAUUUGGAAGAGCGACGAUCGGCAGUGAGGUCCUGGGGUUCUCGCAUGUCGUCUUGAGUACCGGAUGUCAGGCCUAUAUUGGAUCCCUCUGGAAAGUUAGCGACUUCGGUUCCAUGUUGAUCAUGACGCUCUUCUAUCAACAUUUAAAACGUCAGCCGCACCUUUCCGUUGCCGAGAUCAUGAAAGCGGCCCAGAUGGAUCUGUUGCAGCUGGACACCAACAAAGCAGGUGCCCUUCUCGAUAGUAUGGUAAAGAGUUGGGCCCCCUCCGAAGGCAACGAGCAAAGUCCUGCACAAUUUGUGCCAGAUGCAGAGUUCCUAUUUCAGACCCUGAAAAUGAUUCUGGACCAGCUAGACUGGUCAAGUCCGUUUUACUGGGCCCCCUUUACCCUGGUUGGAUACGGUGGCUUCCAUUUUGUACAUGAGCGGGCUUAG